AUGGACGACUCGACUUCGACGCCCGCGCAAAAGCGCCCUCGUGUCGCCGAGGAAAACCGCAAACGAGCAGUACGAGCGUGCGAUGGAUGCCGCCGGGUGAAAGAGAAAUGCGAAGGUGGUGUGCCAUGCCGCCGAUGCGUACGAUACAGCCGCCAGUGCAAUUUCACACAUAUCGAUCCCAAUGAGAAGAGUCGGUCAACUUCCGCCUCGCUCUUGGAUCGGGCGGCCGCGCUAAGUCGCAAUGAGAUCGCCGAAGCAGAAAGGGUACAUAUUAUGGAGCGCUUGCUCUCACAUUAUAUGCCCAACAUCAGGUUUGAUAUCCAGUCUUUGCGCCAGGCUGCGGAAGACUUGAAGAGCAAACAUCGUGAUGCCGGAUCGGAUGCGGUUUCUACGAGGGCUGAUCCUAAUGAAUUGGAGGAUCUCGCCAUUGAUGAAGAGGACUUUACUAUCAAGGCCAUGCCUGAUAAUACAACCCAUACGGAAAAAAUUGAUGAAUGGAUGAAGACAGCGGCACCAGAAGCGACUUCCGAAGUCGAGCCAUUUGAGGAACGAUGGCGAAGCACACAGCUUCAAUCUGGGUCGCCUUUGAUAUCGUCGUCGAUUACCUGUCUUCCGCCGCGAUAUGUGGCCGACUUCCUUGUUCAGAUCUUCUUCAAGUAUGCGCAGACCAACAAUUUCUACGUUGAGGAAGACUGGUUACUUGAGAAGUUGGCUAUUUGCUACAACGAUCCUGAAAGCUUGUCGUCUGAUGAUGCGGGUGCAGUAUGCUCUAUUCUAAUGGUACUCGCGGUCGGCACACAAUUCGCCCAUAUGGAGUCAUCCACGCCUGUGAAUUGUUUGCCCUCGGGGUCUACUGCAAACCAGGACCAUCACUUCUCUGAAGAUGAAGUUGGCCUGACAUUUUACCAAUUCGCCUCGAAGCUCCUCCCAGAUCUCAUUGCUACUGCAUCCGUCCGCAGUGUACAGGCUUGUUUACUCAUUGGAACAUACCUCCUUCCAUUGGACACAUCUGGGCUAUGCUACACAUAUUUCGGCUUGGCGCUGAAGCUAGCAGUUCAAAAUGGAAUGCAUAGAAGAUAUCAUGGCGAGGGCCUAUCAGCCCGGAUGAUUGAAGUUCGGAACCGGGUCUUCUGGACAGCUUAUACCAUUGAAAAGCGCAUAAGCAUUCUACACGGCAGACCAUCUUCCUUGUCAGAUCCCGACGUUGAUGGCCCACUCCCGGUUGAUUUCCCUGGUCUCAUGCCUGCACACCAGGUCUCAAACCAUACGAACAUGGUAGCACUGAUCACGUUGACCUUAAAACUUGGGCAGGUCUCGAAUGAAAUUACUUCCUUGCGAAAGUACCGCAGAGGCCAACAACAGGAUUGUCUCGAACGACUGCUCAAUCUCCGGAAAAAUCUUGUUGAUUGGUGGGCAACUCUCCCAGAGGAAAUCAGCUGCCGCGAUUUGAAUCCCACAGGACCGCUGUUUAGGUCAAAUGUACACCUCAAGCUUGAUUACUGUCUUACUCGCGUUUUCAUCGGGCGGCCGUUCCUUUUCAGCAACAUCAAGGGUAUUUACCAAACACCUUCCCAAGCACCACCAUUCAAGGGGUCUUCUGGUCUGUCCAAGAACCGUGCAACUCUUGUGACGGAUUGCGUGGAAGCGGCUUUGGAGAUCAUUGACCUGUGCCGCUUACUCCGUGAUGAGAAGGGUCUCGCACGAGCCUCAUUUACAGAGUUCAGUUCGUGCCGUGCAGCAUUGCUGGUCAUCCUGGCACAAGGCCUAACCAAACGCACAGAGCGACUUGGAGCUGCUCUUGAGCAGGGCAUAUCCCUCAUCAAGAUUAUGUCCAUGGGCGUCGGCUCAGCGCGCUCAGCAGUCAGCGUGAUCGAAGCACUCGAGCGAGCCAUCCGCCGACUUGAAGCAUGGAGCGAGACGCACCCCGACAUCAACAACGGGGGUGGUGUAGAAUCAGCCUACGACCGAUUCAAAAACUGGGAAAUGCUCUGGAAGGCCGGCCCCAUCUCACCAUCUACCUUCGCCUGGCAACAACAGGAGGCUUAUGGCUCCAGCGACCAGAACGUCCCACAGGGCAUACCCCCCAUGCAACACCGACGAUUCCGGCACCCAUCAAUUCCAAUGUAUCCAUGA